GGCUCCUGUAUCAAGAAUAUAGAGAUAAAUCAACUCUCCAAGAAAUCGAACCCGGAGGCAACAGGACGCAGAAAUACAAAGCAACUCAGAUGGGUCCCAGACUGGGGAAGACACGCCAGAGGAAGAAGAGGAGGAGGAAGAGGAGGAGCUGGCCAGCCCACCUGAGAGGAGAGCUCUGCCUCAGAUCUGCCUGCUCAGCAACCCCCACUCCAGGUUCAACCUCUGGCAAGACCUCUGAGAUCCAGAGCAGCGGUGUGCUGGACAUCCUCCAGCCGGAAGAGGUCAAGCUGCAGGAGGCCAUGUUUGAGCUGGUCACCUCCGAGGCCUCCUACUAUAAGAGUCUGAACCUGCUGGUGUCACACUUCAUGGAGAAUGAGCGGCUGAAGAAAAUCUUGCACCCGUCCGAGGCCCACAUCCUCUUUUCCAAUGUCCUGGAUGUCAUGGCUGUCAGUGAGCGGUUUUUGCUGGAGCUGGAACAUCGCAUGGAGGAGAACAUUGUCAUCUCAGAUGUGUGUGACAUCGUGUGCCGCUACGCAGCUGACCACUUCUCCGUCUAUAUCACCUACGUCCAGCAACCAGACCUACCAGGAGAGGACAUACAAGCAGCUCUU